AUCAGUUCCGAAGCGUCAGUUCGUACCCGGACCCGCUGACCCAGAUAUUGACUCAAACCCGGGUCAGUGGCGUUAAAGAAAAGCCGGUUAGCCUGCAUGCUAACAGCUAGCGGCAGCGCGACAGCAGCUUUACUUUACUAUUACUACUUUACGGCAAACAGCUGAUCCGACCGGAAGUGACCGGGAGAAGCAGAAAGUGCGCAUCAGAAAAUCCGCGAGGCUCCGAGUGAUCGAUACGUGGUCAGUAACUGAUAUCACGCACGUGUCCGCACAGACAUGAGCUGCGCAAGCGCAGAACUGAAGAUUCUGUUCAGUCCGGGGCGUGUGCAGCUCGUUCAGGAGGAGGUGCUGGUCGGAGUGCCAAGGGUCCUGGUUACUGGGGCGACAGGUCUUCUGGGUCGAGCGGUGUGCAGAGAGUUUCAGAGCGCUGGAUGGACCAUCAUCGGGACCGGAUACAGGAGAGCCAGACCCCGCCUCCUCCGUUGUGACCUCACAGACGAGGAUGCCAUCAGAGGACUGCUGCAUGAAUACAAGCCUGAUGUGAUUGUCCACUGUGCGGCGGAGAGGCGUCCAGAUGUAAUGGAGAGACACACUGAAGCAGCUGUUAAUCUGAAUGUGCACGCCACAAGCACGCUCGCCAAAGAGGCAGCCGCCUGUGGGGCACUCUUCCUUUACAUCAGCACCGACUAUGUGUUUGACGGCAGGAAUCCUCCGUACGGCGAGGAUGACAGUCCAAAUCCUCUCAACAUGUAUGGGCGGAGCAAACUGGAGGGAGAGAGGGAGACGCUGCGCCACUGUCCAGGUGCGGUGGUGCUGCGGGUGCCUGUGCUGUUUGGGGAGGUGGAGUCAGUGACAGAGAGCGUCGUGACAUCGCUGUAUCUGAAAGUUCAGGAGGCAUCGGAGGAGAGCUGCACACUGGAUCACUGCCUCCAGAGAUUCCCCACUGAUGCCCGGGAUGUUGCCACUGUCUGCAGGAAACUGUCUGAGCGAGCAAGACAGGACCCGUCCAUCAGAGGAAUCUUUCAUUUCUCGGGAAAAGAGCAGAUGACCAAAUAUGAGAUGGCUGUGGCCAUCGCUCAGGCCUUCAACCUGCCAUCCAGCCACCUGAUACCUCUGACCGAGCAGCCAGCAGCCUCAGCUCUUCGUCCAAUAAACAGUCAGUUAAACUGUUCUCGUCUGGAGCUGCUGAACCUGAGCGUUGAGCCACGACCUUUUACCUCCGCCAUCAUCGACUGUCUGUGGCCAUUCACGCCCGACAAACGCUGGAGACAGACCGUCUUCCACUGAGACGGUGGGAUUAAGACCAGGCAACAAUGUACAGGUUAUUCAGUGUUUGUGCUCAGAGUCCUGCCUGCAGGCUUCUACACGGCUGAUGGUAUUACCAGAUUACAGUCAUAAUAUUACCACGUUAUCAUCAGAAUAUUGAACAUUACCAGAGUAUCCUCAGAUUAUAACCAGAUUAUGGUCAGAAUAUUAUUCAGAGUUAACUCUUGUUAAUCCCUAACUGUUCAUGUUUAGUGUAGUUUCACUUUAUAUCAGUGUGAACAAACUGAGCAUGCUCCAUUAAAUAUUCAGUCUACACCUUACUGUGUUCUGACAACAAAAUGUUUUAUCUUAUAUUACUGCUUCCAAUCUUCAGUCUAAUCCAGACCCUAUUAGGUUAAUCUGGACUCUUUUUUUUUUUUUUUCUUUUUUUUUUUUUGUUUAAUUUGGACUCUUUUUGUUUAAGCUGAGCUCUGUUAGUUUAAUCUGGACUCUAUUUGCUGUAUGUAUGCUCGGACCUGAGUGAACACCUGUAACUUUAGGUUGAAUCUGAAAUUUUGAGUUUAAAAUAAUCACAGAUUGAAAGUGGCUCUAAAUGAAACAGAUGUACAGUGUCCUUUGGAGGACAAACCUGCUGGUUUCAGGACUGAAAGUGAAAUGUCUGUUUCUUCUGUCUGUGGAUGUAAACGUCUGUCCGCUAAACAUUAAACACAUGAACGCUUCAAA